GGAUGGGGGUGCCGCCUGCUCCCAGCCGUGCCCGAAGGGAGCCGCAGGAUGCCGGGGGGGAGCUGCACCCGCCCGGGGUCCCCAGUGGCACCUCGGGGCCCCCACAAAGCCCCAGCCGGGCCGGGCACUGUAAUCCCCGUGGGGAGAGCGCACAGAAUCAGACGGACAAGUUUUCAUGUGAGGCAGCAGCUUAGGGUGGGCUCAGGUUUCCUUUGGGUUUUCUAUAUUUAUCUCCGUGAUUUAAUGCCAGCACCGAGCAGUUGGCGCGGGGAGAGGGAGCAGCAGCAGCCCCCGAGCCGCCCAUGGAGCUCUUCGAGACCAACCCCUACUUCUUCCCCGAGCAGAGGUUUUUCGAUGGGGAAAACUUUCUGGGCUCCCGCCUGCAGGGCUACGAGCCCGCGGCGUUCCCCGAGCGCGCCGGGGCUGCCCCGGGAGCCGAGGGCAGGGUGGCUCCGGAGGAGCAGGAGGCGCUGGCCGAGCACUGUCCGGGCCAGUGCCUGCCCUGGGCCUGCAAGGUGUGCAAGAGGAAAUCCGUGUCCAUGGACCGGCGGCGGGCGGCCACGCUGCGGGAGAAGCGGCGGCUCAAGAAGGUGAACGAGGCGUUCGAGGCCCUGAAGCGCAGCACCCUCCUGAACCCGAACCAGCGGCUGCCCAAGGUGGAGAUCCUGCGCAGCGCCAUCCAGUACAUCGAGCGGCUGCAGAGCCUGCUCAGCUCCCUCAACCAGCAGGAGCGGGAGCAGCGGGAGCUGCGCUUCCAGCCCGCCGCAGCCAGCGAGUGCGGGUCCGGCAGCUCCUCCUGCAGCCCCGCCUGGAGCAGCCAGCUGGAGUUCAGCACCAACCCUUCAGGUAAGGCCAUCCUCACCUCCUGGGCACCGCUGGGCUCUGCAGGGAGUGGGGACAGCAGGGACCAGGAGAUGCCUGGAGCAAAAGACAGGAGCAAUCUCGUCCUCCUCUCCCCAUCUCACUGCUGCAGAGUGAUCAACUCAGGAAUCCUACAGCACCUCCUUGGCUCAAUGCUCAGCAGUUCAGGGUUCUCCCAGCCCUGAUUCCACCGACCCUUGGGAGCUGAGGAAUUGGGCUGCAGGAGCCUGGGCCCUGGUGCCUUCAUCCCCAGCAAGGGUUUCAUCUGCUGCCAUCCCUUGGCUUGGCUUUGCUGUCUGUGCUGCUGGGCAUGGCUGGGCAGCGCUGCCCCAGACCUUCCUCUCUCCCUGCACCCCCUCAGCAGCUGCUGCUCUUUUUUUCCAUGCUUGCCAUUAUCCCCACCCUGCCAAAUCCACCUGUUAUUUCCCCCAGAAGGCAGAAACUUAAAUCUCAUUUUCCAGUGGAGAUUAAAACCUAUUCAGGGUCCAAAAGUUUCAAAAGUUGUUGCUCUCUCAUCCUUCCCAGGGUGGGGGCUGGCAGCAGGUUCCGAGGUCACUCUGGCCAUGUGGGGGAUUAUGGGGCCAUAGAAUCAUAGAAAAAAAAUCAGCGAAUUGUUAAGGGUGCAAAAGAUCAUCAUGUCCAACCCUCAGCCAUGAUCACCACUAACCUAAACCCCCCUGAGCAGAACCAGGAGCUAUCUCCAGCACACAGCCCCCAUUCCCAGCAGUGUCCUCACCCUCCUGUCUCCCCAGAUCCCAUUCCCUGCAGUGUCCUCACCCUCCUGUCUCCCCAGAUCCCAUUCCCUUCACUGUCCUCACCCUCCUGUCUCCCCAGAUCCCUUUCCCAGCCGUGUCCUCACCCUCCUGUCUCCCCAGAUCCCAUUCCCUUCACUGUCCUCACCCUCCUGUCUCCCCAGAUCCCAUUCCCAGCCGUGUCCUCACCCUCCUGUCUCCCCAGAUCCCAUUCCCUUCACUGUCCUCACCCUCCUGUCUCCCCAGAUCCCAUUCCCUUCACUGUCCUCACCCUCCUGUCUCCCCAGAUCCCAUUCCCUUCACUGUCCUCACCCUCCUGUCUCCCCAGAUCCCAUUCCCAGCCAUGUCCUCACCCUCCUGUCUCCCCAGAUCCCAUUCCCAGCAGUGUCCUCACCCUCCUGUCUCCCCAGAUCCCAUUCCCAGCCGUGUCCUCACCCUCCUGUCUCCCCAGAUCCCUUUCCCUGCAGUGUCCUCACCCUCCUGUCUCCCCAGAUCCCUUUCCCUUCACUGUCCUCACCCUCCUGUCUCCCCAGAUCCCUUUCCCUUCACUGUCCUCACCCUCCUGUCUCCCCAGAUCCCUUUCCCUGCAGUGUCCUCACCCUUCUGUCUCCCCAGAUCCCAUUCCCAGCAGUGUCCUCACCCUCCUGUCUCUCCAGAUCCCAUUCCCAGCCGUGUCCUCACCCUCCUGUCUCCCCAGAUCCCAUUCCCUUCACUGUCCUCACCCUCCUGUCUCCCCAGAUCCCAUUCCCAGCCGUGUCCUCACCCUCCUGUCUCUCCAGAUCCCAUUCCCUUCACUGUCCUCACCCUCCUGUCUCCCCAGAUCCCAUUCCCAGCAGUGUCCUCACCCUCCUGUCUCUCCAGAUCCCAUUCCCUUCACUGUCCUCACCCUCCUGUCUCCCCAGAUCCCAUUCCCAGCAGUGUCCUCACCCUCCUGUCUCCCCAGAUCCCAUUCCCUUCACUGUCCUCACCCUCCUGUCUCCCCAGAUCCCUUUCCCUGCAGUGUCCUCACCCUUCUGUCUCCCCAGAUCCCAUUCCCUUCACUGUCCUCACCCUCCUGUCUCCCCAGAUCACCUCCUGGCUGAAGAGGCAGCUGAGGAUCACAAUCUCCACUCUCUGUCUUCCAUCGUGGAGAGCAUUGCCGUGGGGGACGUGGCCGUGACGUUUCUGGAGGAGCAGGGUCAGAACUGAGCUGGUGCAAA